CGUCUCGAGGAAAGCCAGGUGAAGUAGAAAUGGGAUGGAUACCAACUUCAUCUCAAGAAACCAGUCGGCUUCUCUGGACGAGGCAAUGAUAGACAGGGAUAGAAAAGAGAUUCUUCCCAAUUACUUCCUUGAGAAACUUUUGUUGCUCGACAAGAACAACCAGUCUCUCCACGAGUUGCUGAAGUAUUUUGAUGUGGACGAACAAGGCAUCAUUGGGAGUGGUUCCCCCGCCAUGCGGAUCACCAUCUCCAUUGUUUACUCCAUGGUGUGCGCCUUGGGGCUGGUGGGCAACAUGCUGGUGUUGUACCUGAUGAAGAGCAGACAGGAAUGGAAGAAGUCCUCCAUCAACCUGUUCGUGACCAGCUUGGCAGUGACGGAUUUCCAGUUCGUCCUGACCCUUCCAUUCUGGGCAGUGGACACUGCCCUGGACUUCAGCUGGCCCUUUGGAAAGAUGAUGUGUAAGAUUGUCACCUCGGUCACCACAAUGAACAUGUACGCCAGUGUUUUCUUCUUGACAGCCAUGAGCAUCGCGAGGUACUGGUCGGUGGCGUCGGCGCUGAAGCCCAGGCGGCGAUUUAACGGAUGCUCCGCAAAAUGGAUCAGUAUCCUGAUCUGGAUUUCGGCAAUCUUAGCUAUCACGCCCCAAGCCGUGUUUUCCACAACCAAGACGCUCUUUAACGAAGAGUUCUGCCUGCUUAAGUUUCCAGACCACAACGGCUCCACACAGUUCUGGCUUGGCGUCUACCACAUCCAAAAGAUCUUGCUGGGGUUCGUAGUCCCACUUAUUGUUAUCACAGUGUGCUACCUGCUCCUUCUACGUUACGUGACCAAGAGGAAUAUCGGCAGCUCCAGCACUAAGAGGUCGAAAGUGACCAAGUCGGUCAUGAUAGUCGUGCUCUCCUUUUUCCUCUGCUGGCUUCCUAACCAAGCCUUGACAUUCUGGGGCGUCCUGAUCAAGUUGAACGUCCUUAAUUUCAGCGACGAAUACUACAACACGCAUUCCUACGUCUUCCCCAUCACCAUCUGCCUGGCUCACACCAACAGCUGCUUGAACCCUGUUCUGUACUGUCUGAUGAGGAGGGAGUUUAGGAAGGCGCUGAAGAAUAUGUUCUGGAGGGUGACCUCUCCGACCACUAUCAAUAUGCGUCCUUUCGCGGCCAGCGCCAAACCAGAGCAAGAUCAUAGACAUGUCAUAAUUCCGAUAAACUCCGUGCCACCGGAGGUUUCGUACUACCCGCCAGGGGUUGUAAUGCACAAUAGCCAGUAUGACAUUUUACCAGCUAGCUCUACGGAGCGCCGGUAUUAGAAAUCUUGCUGACACGGUUACAUUGCUCUGUUUUCCAAAAUAACCUUUUUUUAUUUGCGUUUCGAAACUGAUUGUAAUUUGAUCAUUCCGCCUGUCUCCGUCUCAUUUACAUGAUAUCACGCAAACCCGCCAGUU